UUUUUUAACGCGUAACAAACGAAUUCAACAAUUGAUGUUGUUGUUGUUGCGUAGUUUUGCUCUUGGACGAAGAGUGCGAUUUGGAAAGCGAUUCGAAGAUGUUUUUUGAUGGUAGAGAGUAUCGACCCCUGCCCCAUCCUCCUGGGGAGGGAUUGGAUGUGGAUGUGCGAAGAUUCGUCAGUCCACAAAAUUUGGAUUAUGUUAAGUUUCGAGGCAGAAAGUUGAAGAAAGGCCUCUCGAAGCAGUACGGACCCUCGACCGGUGCUUUCGAAGGUCUGGACGUUUUUGAAAAUAACAUCAAGCCUGCUUAUAGAAAAGCUGUGAUGAAGGUUCGACCAAUCUGUCAGACGGCCUGCCAACGUUAUAACAGUGAGAGAUUGGUCGAAGAUGUGGAGGAUGAAGGAGUGAAUAAUAGAGAGAGCGUGAUUCCUCCACGAAGCACCAAAGACCCGGCAGAGCACGAAGAUUGCGUGCAAGAUAACCCUGGCCAUUCCAGGGAUAGAAAUACAUUGAAGAAAGUCGGGUCGUUCUUUAAGAGCAUGUGGAAACCCGUUAAGAGAUCCGUGCAGAAGGUGUGUAAAAUGGCCAGAAGUGGAGAAUGCGAGUACGUUCGGUUCGAGUAAGGAUCUCUUUGCUUCCAUCUGUCAAACUCGACAAUAAGAUCUGCUCUGUGAUUAGCUGGAUCUGGGCAGAGUUGGCUAAUUAUAUGGUUUUUUCUGCAAACCAUCGAUGACUUCUCCUGAUUUUGACAUCCCGAUUGCGUCAAUGCCAAGUUCGAUUAUGACUUCCCAAUUUUGACUUUAUCCCGGCUGUGUCUCCUUAUUAUUGUCUUUUAGUCAAUUAUCAUUUACCCGAAUUGGUCUACACGAAUUUGGACUCUCGAUUUAUGUCUACUUCACGAAUCUGGACUCUCCCGAAUUACGUCUACCCCGAAUUUGACUCCUCAAUUGUGCCUGUACUCGAAUUGGACUCUCCCGAAUUAUGUCAACCCCGGAUUUGACUCAUGAAUGGUGUCUGCACUCGAAUAUGGACUCUCCCGAAUUACGUCUAUCUCGAAUUUGACUUCAGAAUCCUGUCUAUAUUGGAAUUUGGACUCUUCCGGCUUGUGUCUGUGCUCAAAUUUGACUCCCAAUUUUUGUCAUCCCUGGAACUUGGACUCUCCGGAAUUGUGUUUUAAUUUGUUAUUGGAACGACACGCUCAACAAAUUGAUAUUUGUUAUUCAGACACUAGUAAAAGGAUUAAUUGCAAAACAAAUUUUUUAUACAUAAAACGUUUGAUAAAUUAAUUGAUUAUUAAUAUAUUAAUUAAUAAUUUUAAUCUCAAUUAUAAAUUGUUGUAUAUUUAUAUUUGUAAAACAUUAAUAGUAAUUGUUACGGCCUAAUUAAGGCAUCCAAGCGAUAGUCGA